AUGAUCACAGUCGUCGGCUGUGCACUCGUUCUCCUCCUCCUCGCUUAUCUAUUCCAUCGACAGCGGGUGGCGGCGACCGCCGCCGCUGGCCGCAACUCGCCAGCCGGCGCAGGCUGGAGUGAGAAACGACCCUUAUCUCCACACCAGUCUGCCCGCUUCGAGGUCUCCAUUCCACCCCUCGACAACUUUGUCCUCGAGGACGCCGAUGAGAUUGCGUAUCGGCCGGUGCGAUGGAACAAGCACCCCGUCACAAUGGGCAUCUCCAACAUGCCAUUCGAGACGUGGUUCCAGCUCGACCACAAAUACACCUACAUCCAAAAGUUCCGCGCCCUCAAGACCCGCGAGGACGAGUACAACACCACGGAGACGCGCGCUGGGUUCCACGACGCUGCUCUCGAGUGCCUCUGUGAAACGGCGUCCUUCUUGUCGCUCCGUUACCCUCAGCUCUUCCGCGUCGAGCGACGCCAGUACGUCCAGUCCGACGAGUCAACGUGGGGCGACAGCUUCGUCAAGGUCGAGGACGGCACGGUCAAAGUAGUGCACAACUUGGUCACGGGGGAUGUCUGGGACUUUGACGCAAUCGAGCGCGAGGAGGGCAAGGACUGGAACCCCAUGAAGGUCGCUGGCCAACUCACGGUCGAGGACUUGGCAAUGCUGUGCGAGAACGACAACCAAGAGUACAUCUUCCAAGCGGGCCAUGUCGCCACCCAGGGCCACUGGCGAUUCCGCGAGAAGCUGGGCUGCACGCUCCACGAGAUUCACGUCAACGGCCCAGUGGAGGUCCCAGGCUGGCGUGAUGUGUUGCGCAAAUCAAUGGAGCGGUACUUCCUGAAGAUGACCCCGGAGAAGGCCGUCCAGCGGACCAACUUUACGUUCCAAAACGGUAGCACUCUCCAGUUUGAGCCGUCAAAGAGGCGCCAUGCGCAUGUGGUUGACCCCCAGUGGGAGGCCACCCCCGAGGUUCUCAAGAGCGCCGAAGGCAUGUACUUCCGUGUCGAGAGGCAGACACUCCGACGCAUGCCCCGAUCCGGAGCCCUGUUCUUCUCGUUCCGGACCUACCUCACCCCUCUACUCACGAUUGCCAAGGAGCCAGGAGUCGCUGGUCGCAUGGCCUCCAACGUCCGCGCCUACCCCGCCACCGUGGACGAGUACAACUCGACAAUCAAGUACAAGUCUGUCCUUCUCGACUUCCUCGACAAGGCCCACGCCGACGACGUUGCCUCAGGCAGGGUCAAGCUGGACGAGAAAGGCGAAGAGAUCCGGCAGAAGAGCUACCCGUUCUAGACCACGCAGGGUCAAUAUACAUACAAUGCAUGAAUCUAGU